AUGCUCUUUCUCUGGCCUCUAGUCAUUACACUGAUAUCCUCCAUUACCUCGCUCACCCACGCCUCUCCCACGCGCCCAAGUGAAGACCCAUUCUACAGCUUCCCUAAAGACUUCCAAACCAAACCUCCGGGAACUAUUCUCGACCAUCGCCCCCUUCCACACCCUCUCAAGGACCCAAUACCGUCCUUCUACGAAAAGGCUUAUCAAAUUAUCUACCGCACAACCGACAGCCAUGACCGACCCACUGUCUCCCUCGCCACUCUACUAAUCCCCCCCAACGCCCUAUCGAGCCAGAUACUCGUCUACUUCCCUGUCCAGAACUCUGCCUGCAUUGAUUGCUCCCCAUCCUACAUACUCGCCGAUGGAGUCCCCCUACCUGGCCUGUCAGACCGAGUAAUCGCCACCGUGCACACUCUUGUCAUCGCCGGUGCCCUUAACCAGGGAUUCAUCGUGCUGGUACCAGAUUAUGAAGGGUUCAAUGCGGCAUUUAUGGCGAACCGACGCGGUGCCUUCGCCGGGUUGGAUGGACUGCGCGCAGCGCUAGCGUCAUCGUACUUCACGGUGGUUGACCCGUCCGCCGUUGCAGUCCUAAUGGGAUACUCCGGGGCGAGUCCAGCCGCCGUACUGGCAGCGGAGUUGCAUGAUACAUAUGCACCAGAGUUACGUAUCGUUGGAGUCUCAGUGGGUGGGUUACUGAUUCAUCUAUCGCAGGUGCUCGAGAUGGCGAUACCGGCUCCAAAUAAUCUGCCACGUGCGCUAUGGGGGCUUGCGAGUGACUACCCUGUCAUGGAGCAGGUUCUUCAGGAGCAUCUUGUUAUCGGCGACGCAGAGAAAAGGGCAGAGUUUAAGCGUUCUCGCGGGCAAUGUGCGGGGUCAUUAAAGGACAACUGGGCGGAGGCCGACAUAGCAAGCUAUUUUGAUGGAGGGCUGAGUUUUCUGAAUAGUUCCGACGUCAGGAGGAUUCUGGAGGUGAACAGUCUAGGACAGAGUGUCCCGAAGGGAAUUCCAUUGCUGGUGUAUGAAAGCAAGCAUGACGAUAAGUCGCCAAUUGAAGAGGCGGAUGCGUUGGUUCGGAGGUAUUGUGAGGCAGGUGUGGUGGUGGAUUAUCGACGAUAUGCUAUGGAGUCGCAUACGGUGUUGUCGGUUGAUGGGGUGUUUGCAGCGUUGGCUUGGGUCAAGGAAAGGUUUUUGGGUGUUGACAUGAGUGAGCGCAAGAUGUCAGAUCGGUUGUCACCGGUUGGGAUGGAUACAGCGAUUUUCGUGCCAGAAGCGUUGACAGGGUGGAUUGAUAGACAUAUUGGGACGCAAUUGAGCCUUAUAUUGUAG